CGCAACGCGGUUGAGCUUGCUACCAGAAAGGCGGCGAGAUGAAGGUUUUAAAGGCGGAGCGCGAGCUCGCCAUUCCCGAAGGCAUCACCGUGACCCUCAAGGCGCGUAAGAUCUCCGUGAAGGGCCCGCGCGGUUCCCUCGAGCGCGACUUCACGCACGUCCCGAGGAUCGACCUCUACCACAACAAGGAGGAGAACAAGAUCGUCGCGACGAUGUUCUUCUCCUCCAAGAAGCGCCUCGCGGUGUUGCGCACGGUGUGCUCGCACAUCUCCAACUUGUUCGAGGGCGUCACGAAGGGUUUCCGAUACAAGAUGCGCGCGGUGUACGCGCACUUUCCCGUGAACGUCAACAUCGACGGCAAGGGCGAAAAGGUUGAGAUCCGGAACUUCUUGGGCGAGAAGCGGACGCGGACGUGCGUGAUGCAGGAGGGCGUGAAGAUCAAGAGAGACGACAUGGUCAAGGAUUGCCUCGUCCUCGAAGGGAACGACAUCGACAACGUCUCCAAAUCCGCGGCGCUCAUUCACAUGUCGUGCCUCGUGAAGAAGAAGGACAUCCGUAAGUUCCUCGACGGUUUCUACGUCUCGGAGAAGGGCGUCAUCAACGACGAUUAGGCUCUUAGAGUGUAACGACGUGUAAGGACGCGAUUGAGAAAAAA